AUGCAAUUGAACGUGGCAACCAUCAUCGCGUCCGUUGUUCUUCUCGGACUUCUAGACACCAUGCAUUCAACUUCGGCCUCAGCUGGUAUCUCACGCAAGAUGCUCUCGCGCAGAAACCCACAAGACGCUAGCAAACCCAGUGCUCCAGUCAGCCUUGGCUCAGACAAUCUUUCAAACGAUGUUGACGACGCAAGUUCUACUCAGUACAGCAAUUACACUUCUUAUGCCCAUCCUGAUGACCACUAUGCCAAUGGAACUCGAAAAUCGUCUACUCCGUCAGCACCUCAAAAGGUUGAUACUUCUGGAGAUUACUCUGCCUUGUACCCCCCACCACCUUCACUCAGUCUUCCCCCCUUCAGUGGUAUCCCGUACCCACUUCCGCUUACCGGUGUCAAGAAACACUGCCCUCCCCGCAAGAAAGAUGAUGGCAUGACAGUCGCUCUUCCUUCAGAUCUAUAUACCGGUAAAAUCACCAAGUGUGGCCAGCGUGUUGUGGUGAUCUUCGAGAAUCUAGCUGGGCAGAAAUGGACGGGUCCUAAGAACAAUUUGACUUUAACGGUUGUCGAUGCUUUUGAUACUAAUGAUCGAACUGAGAUUGGACGAACAGUACUGUUGAGUGAAGUAGCAUGGAAAGAAGCAACGGGUAACUCUAUAAUCAACAAAUUCGAAUCAUGGCCGAUAAGGUGGUUCUUCCUUGAUUCUGCUAUGCAACACGAGACAGCUGAGGGUGCCCAUGAGAAUACUAAUGGUGAAGAGGACGGUGGUUCUUCUGGAAACUCUACAAUGUAUUAUCAAGGGGGUUCUGGGAACGCAACAACUUCUUCUUCCUACUCUGGAAACGGGACCAAGAGCGAUUAUCAUGCGGAAUCAGUGGAUUCGCCUGAACAACAAGACGCUGCACAACACCGACCACCCCCAGAAAAGGACUUUGACCCUGUACCAGAUACCACCAAGACCCGACCUCAAAACAAACGAAAUCUUCUUUCUCGUCGAAGUAGCAAGUCCUAUCUCCGACAGCAAACUUUGAAACUGAAUUAA